UCAAAGCUCCAGUCAGGCGUAACAGUCACGCGCGAUAGUUCGCAGAGAAAGACUCGCGACGGGGAUUCUGUGCGAUUGGAAGGAGGCGAAGUGCGAGCGAUGGUGAGAGCCUCGAGCCGGCGAAUUUUCGAGCGAGUUAAAAUCGAUCUGUCAUCGAUUAAUUAGAGUUUGGCUAGUUUGACAGAUGCCACGAGUUAAAUCGCGCGGACUGGAGUGUCCUGAAAGGAAAAAUAGUGAGUGGAAGUUUAUAGUGUGAAACUCCCGCGUUCCUCGAUGUCGUCCUUCUGAGGGCCGCUCCCGCGCGCCAGUAGACCCGGAUUCGUUGGAUAAUCGGAAGUGCGCGAGUGUAUUUGGUGCGUCUGAAAAGUGCUCGCGCUCGAUUAAGGAGGCGUCGGGGCUCCGGACAGCCUCGAGAGAUGAAAAACGAGCUGGAGAGCGUCGCGGGCGGUCCCCACGGCCAGCACGAGCACAAUCCGCACCACCAGCACCACGCGCACCAGCCUCAUCACCUGUCCCAGGUCAACUCGAGUCCCCUGUCCCACGGGGGUCUGAUGGCGACCGGAAGAUCGAGCGUGUCCUCGAUGGGGGCCCAGAGUCUCGGCGGGCAGGUGCAGAUGCAGCAGCAGCAAGUGCAGGACGGCGGCGGGCUGAGCAGCGCCGGGGCUGACAGUCCCCGGAAGCCCGGUGCGCGGCGCCAGGAGAAGCCGCCCUAUUCUUACAUAGCUCUGAUCGUCAUGGCGAUCCAGUCGAGCCCUGACAAGAGGCUGACGCUCUCAGAAAUUUACACGUUUCUCCAGCAGCGCUUCCCCUUCUUCCGGGGCACUUACCAGGGCUGGAAGAACUCGGUGCGGCACAAUCUCAGCCUGAACGAGUGCUUCAUCAAGCUGCCAAAGGGCCUGGGCCGCCCGGGCAAGGGUCACUACUGGACGAUCGAUCCGGCGAGCGAGUACAUGUUCGAAGAGGGCAGUUUCCGGCGCCGUCCUCGCGGCUUCCGUCGGAAGUGUCAAGCCCUCAAGCCCCAGUACCCGCAGUACUACCCCGGCACGGGCCCGGUCCCGGUCGCCGUCCAGGGACCCGGGUACGACAACCUCGGCGUCCCGGGCGUCGACUACUCCAACGGCUAUCAAAACCAGUACCAAAACUACCAGGAGUACGCGAUGUACGCUCCCCCGGCGAGCGUCGCCGACUGGGCCUACCCGGAGGCCCCUUACAAACCGCCCCCCAUCGCCGAAGUCACGUACAAAACGACGGAGGUCACAUACAAAACGGGCGACGGGUCCCUCUACAGGAACGGCGAAAUCAGCUUCAAAAACGAACCCAAUUAUGCAAGGGCCCAGGAACAAAUCGGCUACCGGACCAACGACGGCUUCGCCACCGCCAAACAAGAGCUCCACCAUCAACAGUGCCACCAGGACAUAACUUACAAAAAUGAAAACGAGCAUGAACUCGGCAAUUGUAAUUACAAAAAUUCGGCGCUCGCCAACAAUCCUGUUACGGGACAACAAACGACGACACCCGGCCAGGAUUACUACCUCGGCUACGGCAUCAACGGCUCGAACCCCAACUCCGUUAACGUCAAUGCGGCGGCCGCCGCAGCCGCCAUCAGGGGCAUCCAAGUACAAAUCAGCCCCGGCAGCCCCAUCGGAAACGUUAAUUCUCCGAAUAGCGACUCCUGUCAAACACCCGUCACGGAUCAUCACGGAAUGCGAAUGCAGUGUUCGAGUUCGAGUUCGAACAGUUCCGGUGGAGGGUUGAUGGACCGGAAAUCGUCGUACCUCGGGCACCAUCCGUCGAGCUCGGUGAACCUUGGCUCGUUGGGCUCGCUCAACUCGUUGAAUCUGAGUUAUCUCGGCGACAUAAGUUUACCGAGCAAGUACAUAUAGUACGAAUUCGAACGCUGG